GUUAAAUUAAACCACCUAACUUUAGAUUUUAUCUGAAAUCUCGAAACUUCCUGAAUGAAAUUAUAGUAUGAUGAAUACUUCUUAAAAUAAAAAAAUGAAUCCAUUGAAUUGUGUAAUUGUGACCGUCGUAUAUUGUCUGGGAAUAAUUUGUAAAGGUCAGGGAGUUUUUGUUUCACAUGAUGAAACGAGAUGGGACGAGUCUAGAUGCACCUUGGCAAAACCAAGCUUUAUCUGCAGGGGUGAUGGCUCAUGCAUUGUUGAAAAUGGUUUGGAUUUGGACGAUCAGGACAAUGGGUUAUGGAUUGGAUAUGCAAAAACAUGGAUUAGUUAUGCUUAUGUUGGCUGCGGCCAAUUGAAUGAUGGAGACGAAUAUUUUGUUUCAUCUCUGGGCGAAUGUAGAGGUACAACAGGAUGCCAAACGUUCGGAAUACAAAAGUCAAUAACGAGUUUGCGAUGUAAAUGUGCCAGUAAAAAACCCAAGCAGACUCAAACAUGCGGGGAAAAAUGUGAAGAAGCAGAUCAAUAUCCAUGUGGUGGACCAGCCGACACCAAUAUAUUCUCAUUUUACACUGUUGAAAAUGUUCCUGCUACCGAACAUUCACAAGACAUUCAUAGAAACUGCCUUCAGUUCUACUAUAAGAACAGACCAGAAAAUGAUUUUUAUUGGGUGUCAUGCAAUACUACAAUUACACCAGUUCUAUUAUGCAGCAACAAAUAUUUUUCCGAUAAUAACCCGAUGGCGAAAAUACACGAUCGAAGUAAUGAAGUUUGGGCACAAGCUGUUGAAUACUGCGUUGCUGGAGGUGAAUUCCCUGCAUCGAUACAAAGUAUCAAUAAUGGGAAUUUUACAGACCGGGACGCCCAGGACCACUGGACAGGAAUACUUAAAACAGAAUCUAUUAUAUCUUUGGACGAUAUGCUUGAUGAUAGCACCUAUCCGCCUGUGACGUACGCAUAUUUGGAGCAGAUCAACAAAAAGUUUUACGUCAGGUUUGCUCAGAAAAAAGACUUGAAAAAAAGCUUAUGCACAGGAGGCAAGCCAACAUUGAAUACAACGCCAAAAUCACACCCGGUACCUGAAGGAACAACAGCGUCUUUAGACAACGACGAAGGGGGGUCACCCACUAAAAUAGUGGUUGGUGUGGUUAAUGCUGUGGCAUUACUUGUUGCUGCAGUACUUGCAUUUUUGAUUAGGAGAAGGUACAUGCACAAGGCUUGCUUGAAUAACGCCACGACAGUAAAAUCUUCAGGACAGCCAUCCGCAGGGGUGUCAACUGAUGUGGACAAUCAACAACGAGUUGAAUAUGUUAACACCGCAAAUAAUGAUAUGCACAGAAAUACUGAAAACAAUCCGGAGGCUAUUACUUACGAAAAACUUAACAUGACUAAAGGUGUUGAUAACUAUCUCUCACUCCAAGAAAUAAAUGCAGUCGAGCACGACUAUCAAAACACAUGAAGGCAAAGAGGCACACAUAAUG